AUGAAAGGAAUACAGAGCCUGAUACUCAUCAUGUUUUUGAUCUUUGGCCUUGUCCAUGCAGCAGAUAAUGAAAAAAAUGAUAAGGAUGCCAAGAAAGAGGAUAAGGAAGGCAAUGGUAAAGAUGAUAACAAGAACAGUAACAGCGAAAGCUCAGCUCGAGGACUUGGAACAAGUCUUCUCGGACUUGCAGCCAUUCUUGCCAUUUGCUUGGCUAAAUAA